AUGGACCGCAUAUUCGCGCACACAAUCACACGCGAAUGUUCUGGUGGUAUUAGAGAAAGUCCACGAGUAUCAUUACCAACGUUGCUACGCUCACUCGGAUUCGCCAUCGCUUCUGAGCUAUACUAUCAGCCAAGUGAUGAAGCCCAAUACAAGAAAGCAGUUGCAAGCAAGGCGACUCGCUUUGCAGUACCAACUCUUUGUAGUCAUCGCACAUUCAUAACAUUUGGAGACGCCUUCACAACUUGUCCCGAGGAUCCUUCAAGAUGUCAUGGCCUAGUGAAUCAAAACCGCUGGCAUUCGUAUCUUUGUUCUACAAAUCGCGAAAACCCUGGAGAAAUGCCUUCAAAGAUGCCAGAAGCGCUCAUAAUGAGGAAAGUAGGUGGAGAAAACCUGGUGGAUAUGCUGCUCUCACGUUAUAGGAUUAACGAGCAGAAGCGCAAAACUACUCACCCAUUCACUGACUCAUCUUCUCAAUCUUCUGCUAACGCAUCAGUACUCGUUCCUGCAAGUAAUCCACUGUCAUCUGAACCACUGCGGCAAAAGAACAUUAUGUCCACUUGCCAUAUUGCUCGUCGACAAAGUGGAGCUUUGAAUUCGAUGUUGAAUUCUCAGCAGAUACAAGCAACUCGAAGUGGAGGGGAAAUGUCGACACUUCGUCAAACUUUAAAUAACACACCUAUGCCUUUACCGCAGAACCAAUCAUGUGUUGUAUGCGAUAUCGUGCCGCCAAAGGGGCCAUGCUUCGCCACUACUUUUCCAGUGGACUAUAUGAUUUCCGUGCCGCUCGUGCCCAUAACUGCAAAAGAGCAAUGGUCCAAUUACAUCUGUCGCUCUUUGCCUGAAUCAGUGGCGCAACGAUUGCUUAACGCGUUUCGGAUAACCCAUUUACCUCGUCUGUGCAUUCGACACUUCCAUCCGUGUUCAUUGUCGAUUGGUCGUUCCGGUGCUAUCAUAAAGAAUCCUGCUUCCAUUGGGGAAUUACCUCUUCUGGACUUUUUGGAAUUUGCCACAUUGAAUGCAGAAUUUUCCCAGGCCUUUAACAAACUCAUUGAUAGCCUGGACAAGGGUCAGAAUUCAACCACCAUUUCCAUGAUGUUGAAAAUAGUACAAGAUCUCGUUAAAUGUAAUGAUGAGAAAUGCGGUCGACCGCUCAGCUCGUGCAAAGAUGUACUGUUUCAUCGUUUCCACGGUCUGCAACAUAAAUUUGUCUGUAUGGAGUGCUUCAGCACCAAGGAGUUUAUCCGAACAGAGCAGGAGAUGAUUGAACAUUUUGUUUCGAAACACGGUCAAAGAAAUCGUAAGUAUACCCGUAAUUUCGUUUCUUAA